UAUGCCUUCCCCAUCUGCGUAACAAGAGAGAGAAAAACGGCUGCGAAUACCACAACUCUAACAUCUUCUACCUAAACUUUUAAUUUUUUACAAUCGACGGAAUUGACUGCUUUAAGUAAGCUCGUUUCAAUCGCGAAAGCGCUCGACCAAUAAUUACGACUUUACGUAAUUCGUAACUUCGCUUCCGUAACUCGAAAUAAUUCCGUAAAUUAUGUACAAGCCUAGUCACAAUCAUACCGGGGCAUUUUGUUGAUGUUCGAGCAGAGAAAAUGGCAUCGAAGGUUUUCAAGCUUUUGCUGAUCAUGCAUAUUGUGGUGCUUUGCACCUGUGCUAAGAGUAUCGAAAACUCCAAGCGGGCGAAUAAGGAUGCAGAGUUGGUGUCAAACAACUUCAAAGAUUCCGAAAAAAUUGUAUUCUGGCCGAUAGGUUGGGGGGAUUCAGAAAAUCAAAGGUUGGCGUCAAACGACCUUAAAGAUUCUGAAAAAAUUGCAUUGUGCCCGAUGUGUUGGUGGGAUUCAGAAAAUCAAAGGUUGGCGUCAAACAACCUCAAAGAUUCCGAAAAAUUUGCAUUGUGGCCGAUAGGUUGGUGGGAUUCAGAAAAUCAAAGGUUGGCGUCAAACAACCUCAAAGAUUCCGAAAAAAUUGUAUUCUGGCCGAUAGGUUGGGGGGAUUCAGAAAAUCAAAGGUUGGCGUCAAACAACCUCAAAGAUUCCGAAAAAAUUGUAUUCUGGCCGAUAGGUUGGGGGGAUUCAGAAAAUCAAAGGUUGGCGUCAAACAACCUCAAGGAUUCCGAAAAAAUUGUAUUCUGGCCGAUAGGUUGGGGGGAUUCAGAAAAUCAAAGGUUGGCGUCAAACAACCUCAAAGAUUUUGAAAAAAUUGUAUUUUGGCCGAUUGGUUGGUGGGAUUCAGAAAAUCCAAAGUUGGCAUCAAACAACCUCAAAGAUUCCGAAAAAAAUUAAUAUUGGCCGAACCUGAAGUACAUGUAACUGUGGAUAACCUCUGAUUCAAUCAAUCGCACAAUUUAAUCACAGACAUCUUAUAAGAUUUGAUUCUAUAAUAUUCAGAUCAAUUAUAUUCGUGUAUUCAGAGGCUUAAA